CUCCAGUGAGGCCAAUAUAUACAAAUAUAUAUCCCACGACCACAACUGCGCCCUCAUCCACCGCGCGCUUCUCCACCUCGCCGCUCCCACGCUCAAUUGAGCUCCACGCGCCCUCAGAACCACUCCAAACCCCCCAACUGCGCACCACCACACCCGCCGCCCUCGCGGGCCAACGAAUCUUCUCCCACACACCACCACCACCACCGCCAACCUCACCAUGUCUCUCGUCAACCUCGCAAACGUGUGCUCGCACCUCCAAAACGCCAGCCGGGCACGCCUAGGCCUCACCUCCGUCCCCGCCUCGAACAUGAUCCUCGGCCUCUCCCUCUCGCUCCAACAAUCCGGGUUCCUCCGCUCCGUGACGCGAGGCGGCGCCCAACCCCCCCCCGUCGACGCGCUGAGCACCUACGUCCCCGAGCCGGUGACGCAGGAGAACGUAGCGAGCAGGCGGUUGUGGCUGGGUCUGAAGUACUGGAAUAACGCGCCGGUGCUGAGUCAGAUGGCGAUGGUGAGUAAGCCGACUAAGAGGAUUUAUGUGGAUGCGGUGGGGAUUGCGAAGUUGGUGAGGGGGAGGGAUGCGGGGACUGUGAGGGGGUUGAGGAAGCCGGGAGAGUGUAUUUUUGUCAGUACUGAUAGGGGGAUUUUGGAGGCGAGGGAGUGUGCGGAGAGGAAGAUUGGGGGGAUGUUGUUGUGUAGGGUGUUAUAA